UGGUGCUACAGCGGUGCGGCGGCGGCGGCGGCGGGCACUGCGAGGCUGUGGACGACCCGGAUACUGUGUGCAGGAGGCCGCGCUGACCACAGGAGGGACACAGGCUGACGAGGCACUAGCGGGGACCCAGCACACCCACCAUGGCGCCAGCAAGGUCCAGGAAGAGAGGUGACACACGCCUGUUGUCCGUACCUGGGGGAAGAACCAGUGCAAGUAAGGAGGGCAAGUCAAAGGAUGAAAUCAAAGCAGAGAUUACAGAACAAGAACCAGAAAAAACACCAUCCAGUCAAAGUGACGACCAAGAAGAUGAAGAAAUUAGUGUGAAAACUAAGGGCAAAGGGAAGAAGCCAACCAAAAGAGGAAAGGUGAAAGAAGAGAUGACUGACAGUGAUGAAGCGCAAGAUGAAGAGCCUAAGAGGAAGAGGACAAAGAGGGCACCUGCCAAGCCUAAGGGUAGCCAGAGGGCAGCAAGAGGAAAAAAGUCAAUGAAGGGGAGCUCUACAGAACCAAGUGAAGAUGAAGAAAUAGAAGUCAAGCAAGUGAAGAAAAAAGUUGCGAGUCCCAGGAAGAAAAAUAAGAAAGGAGAGGAUACACCUGUUCCUCGCCCCAUCAAGUAUGAGAGCCUUGGGGACGGGCCGCCUCCUGUGCCCUCCACUGGACGCAAGUACAUGGGCUCCCACGUCUCAGCUGCUGGUGGAAUAUGGAAUGCUUUUGAAAAUGCUGAGGAGUGCAGUUCAAAGUCUUUUGCCAUUUUCCUUCGCAACCAACGGCAGUGGAACGCUAAGCCCCUGGACGAGGAGACUGUUGAGAAGUGGAAGGAGAUUGGAAAGGACUUUCCUCCACACCUGAUCCUGCCUCAUGGGUCCUACCUGAUGAACCUGGGCUCCCCCGUACCCGAGACGCUGGAGAAGAGUCGUGCCAUGCUGGUGGACGAGCUGCAGCGUUGCCAGCGUCUUGGCAUCCCGCACUACAACUUCCACCCAGGUUCCACCACAGGCAAGAUCAGCCGCGAGGAGUGUUGCAAGGUGAUUGCCGAGAGCAUCAACCUGGCCCACAGUCAGACCAAGGGUGUGAUUUGUGUGCUGGAGAACAUGAGCUGCCAAGGCUUCACCAUUGGGGGCGACCUUCAUGAGCUGAGGCUGAUCAUUGAGCACGUGAAGGACAAGUCUCGCGUGGGCGUCUGUCUGGACACCUGCCACUCACACGCUGCAGGGUAUGAUCUCUCCUUGGAGGAAGGGUUUGAAUAGUUGCUGGAAGAUUUUGAGAAGAUCAUUGGAUGGCAGUUUCUUCGAGGACUUGAUAUAAAUGACUCCAAAGGCCAAGUUGGUGACCACCUGGACCACCAUGAGAACAUUGGCAAGGGAACCAUUGGUGUGGAGGGCUUCUUCCGGGUGAUGAACUGCGACCACUUCAACGACCUGCCCCUCAUCCUGGAGACCCCCUGGACCAGCAAUGCAGGUUAUGCCAACGAGGUCAAGGCGCUGACGUCAUUGAUUUUAAUUGAGAAAUAGUCGUUUGCAUCAACAUUGUCUCCUGAAGCUGAUGGAGGAAAGGCAUGACCUGAGGCAAGUAAGGCUGACUUGUAGGUAGCAGUAGGACAGUAGUUUGUGUUGCUGUGAGGCAGGUUAUUGGCAGUGAAAUCAAUUAACUGUUUCUGUUGACAAUAAAAUUGGUUGGAUGAAGGAAUCUUAGUAGUGCUGCAAUACUCACAGGGAUGUGUGUAGUUCAUGUUAGAUAAGUGAGAUGUAUGGAAUUCUGUGUUUCAUAUUGGAGAAAUCUGUGUAAUUUAAAGACAGAAAUAGAUAGGAUAUAAAGUGUGGGCCUUGAAAUUUGUCAAACCAGUUACAGUGGCAUAAGUGCCAUAUAUGUGGCUGCCAAGCUUAAAGUAAGGGGACACUCACUGGCAGUGAUUAGUAAUUUUAAAAGAUACCUGGAGAUGUAUCAGGUAACUCAUGCCAAAGCUAAAAUAAAAAUUGAAGAAUU